AUGAAAUUUGUGAUUCUUGCAGUACUUCUUGUAAGCACUGUCUUUGCUUACCAAUCAUAUGCUCCAGGAGAGGGACCAUUUGCUCACCUCACCCAGGAAGAGUUUGCCGCUAAAUACCUCAUGGCCAUCAAUGACUUUGACGGUCUUGAAGCUCCAUACUUCGACGAAGCUGCCUUCGAGAAGGAAAUGGGUGUUAACUCUCACUAUGACAUGAGGGAAGCUGUCCCACAAUGUGUAUCUGAGAUCAGAGACCAAGCUGGAUGCGGAGGAUGCUGGGCAUUUGCCAUCACUUCUACCAUCAGUGACAGAGAAUGUAUCGAAUACGGAAAGAGUGGUACUACCCUCUACUCCCCACAACACCUCAUUGACUGUGAAGACUACCGUUUCGGAGCCUCAGGAUGCCAAGGAGCUGAUACCCAAGCUGCUUUCGGAUACACUGAUGUUAAACAAGGUGGUGGACUCAGACUUGACACUUGCUACCCAUACCAAUCUGGUACCACCGGAAAGGCCAACUCCUGCAAAUCUGACAAAUGCACUGCUCUCGACGAAGAAGUAAGAGUGUUCUCAUCCAAGAACACCCAUCUCUGGAACGAUUACGACAACGUUGCUAUGGCUAAGGAAAUCCAGGAGCACGGAACUAUCUACAUGUCCAUGCAAGUCUAUGAUGGAUUCAUGAACUACAAGAGCGGUGUCUACAUCAUCCAGAAGGGAGAAAGAUCUCUCGGAGGACAUGCCAUCAGAAUCAUUGGAUGGGGAAAAGACGAGACUGCCGGAUACUACUGGAUCGCUGCCAACCAAUGGAACACCGGCUUCGGAGAAGACGGUUACUUCAGAAUCGGAUUCAACCAAUACAUCGGAUACAAGGCUGGAGCCGCUGAUUUCGCAGGAGAAAUUGAUUCCUUUGUCGAGUUCCACUAAUCUAACCUGAUUAAAAC